UAAAAACCGACGCAACGAACUACACCCUAGUACCCUACUGCUUCCAUCAAGGAGAACUGCAACUGGAAGCGGGUGCGAGCGACUGCGAUCCGGACGAGGGGAGGGACCUGUCCGUAAUUUCGGAAAGGAGCCUGGGGGAGAAUGCCGAUAGACAUGCCGCGGGGUCUCCCCUUCGCCGUCGACACGUGGGGGUCCUCCUCCCGAAGCCGGCGCCACCGCUUCCUUACCCACGCACACCGGGACCACCUCGUCGGCGCCGGUGCGGACAUCGAUGGGGGAGGGAUCGUCUACGCCACUCGCCUCACCUUGCACCUCGCACUUCGCCACUUUCCCCAGUUGGGGAGUUGGGAGUUCGUGGAGAUGGAGGUGGGAAGGACGUUGGUGGUGGAUGAUCCCGUCGGCGCCUUCUCUGUCACCACGUACGACGCAAAUCACUGCCCUGGGGCAGUCAUGUUCUUGUUUGAGGGUCAAUUUGGUACCAUACUUCACACAGGGGACUGUCGGCUUACACCAGAUUGCGUACAGAAUUUGCCAAUGAAGUACAUAACAAAGAAAGGAAACGAGAACAUUUGCCGACUUGACUUUGUAUUCCUAGAUUGCACCUUCUCCAAAUGCUUCCUCAAGCUACCGAGCAAGGACUCAGCAAUCCGACAGGUUAUAUCUUGCAUAUGGAAACAUCUGCAUGCACCAUUUGUCUUCCUUGCUUGUGAUCUGCUUGGGCAUGAAGAUAUACUAGUUGAGGUGUCAAGGACUUUCGGAACAAAAAUUUACGUUGACCGGAAAUUGGAUUGUUUUAAAGCACUCUCACUGACAGCCCCUGAAAUCAUCACUGACGAUUCAUCUUCUCGCUUUCAGAUGGUUGGGUUCCACCAAUUACAUGAUAGAGCAAGCAAAGAGCUUGCAGAGGCAAGGGCAAAUCUCCAACCUGAACCCUUAUUUAUUCGUCCAUCAACACAAUGGUAUGCAACCUGUGCUCGAAGCCCGAAACCCAGCCUAACAGAAGCUGAGCAGGAUGAGCUUGGCAUCUGGCAUGUUUGUUUCUCCAUUCACUCCUCUCGUGAUGAGUUGGAGCAAGCACUACAACUUCUCCAACCUCACUGGGUUAUUUCAACAACUCCCCCAUGCUUUGCCAUUGAGCUGAGCUAUGUAAAGAAACAUUGUUUCAAGACCCGCUUAACAGCUGAUGAUCCACUCUGGAAAAUAUUCAGAGAUCCUCUGGGAAAGUCAGUGUCCUCCCCUUGUUCAGUGCUUGCGACACAGACAGAUGAAAAUAACUCAAAUUUUGUUGUUGAUGAUGACCAUUCUUCUUCCUCUAGCGAUGGAUGCACAUACUUAAAUGUAAUAAGCACUCUUGAACUGAAAUUUGUGCCACCUCAACCACCUGAAGAACCGGACAUUACAUUGUUUGGAAGAGCAAGGUUUGCCUCUCAAGCAAUUGACUUUAUGAAAGAAGAUUACAUUGCCUUAGAAGAAGCCAGGGCAUGUGCACCAACAGAUUCGGUUCAUGGCAGUAGUGAAGAAGUCGAAACAUAUUCUGGAAUGGAUUUCGGUGUGAAACAACCACCAGCCUCCCAGCAGGAUCUCAUGGAAGUUGGAGAUGAUGUUUCUUUCAAAAAAGUUGGAGAUGAUGUGGAUUCCUGUAAGCAUGAAGUAACCUCAACACAAUUAGAAGGGUUUCGAGUCAAGUCAUUACCUACUGUUCAAAGCAAUAUGUUAGUGGUGUCUGAUCAACUUGAAAGGUCAGAAGUUGUAGGAGAGUCAAAAUUAUUGAAAUCCACGGAAGACUUAAACCUUACCAUUGUCAGAAGUGCAGAAAGAACUGAUUGUCAAAAGGAACCUUUGUGCUAUAUUGGAUCAUCGAAAUGUUUGAAUGCAAGUUUGAAGAGGUUUUACAGGUCAAGGAAUAUCCCUGUUCCUAGACCUCUUCCAUCGCUUGUCAAACUUAUGGAGUCCACUAAACGGGUCAAAAUACAACCAAAUACUAAUUAUACUUUGUUGAACUCACGACACAGCUUACCCUAAUGAAUGAUUGAGCUUAUACUUGGCAUAUUAUGAUAGCCAAAAUUUUCAGAUUUAUGAGUAUAUGAAUGGAUUAUUUCUGAAGAGGACACCUGUAUAUUGGUUAUUGUGAUAACCAAAAUACUCGGAUUCUAUUGGGUAUACAGGUAUACUUGGACUGGUUCCGAAGAAGAUACCUGUUUAGUAUUGAUCCAGAUCCACACUUAUACAGGAGCUUUGUACGAUUCUCAAACUGUUGUACAGAAAAUUGAUGUAAUUACAUGAUGACUCUAUUGGAUAAUCCGAAGUGUAUUAUUCUUCUGCAAUACUAGCUAGGCAUCGUAUGAUGUCAAAUAUAUUCUCAGCAAGUUCGCUUUA